AGCAAUUCGUUCGUUCUGUAGCUUCUGGAGGCAAAUAGUUCAUUCGGUCCAUGGCGUCCAACCCAGACAACGGAGACGGCGACGGCGAGUGGAUACUUCUGAGAUGCACUGACCCUCAUCUCGCGGACCCAGAUUCCAAUCACCCCGAUAUCCUCGUAUCAACUUCAGAAAUCUCCAGUUGGGACUUCCCCGUAAUCCUCACUCACCAAGUCGUCAGUAUCAAAGCCACCAGAAACAGGCUCACCGAGCAGUCCUCGUAUUUUCGCGGUCUCCUAUGCGGUAGCUUUAGUGAAUCAUGUCUAAACUGUAUAUCAAUCCAGUGGAACCAAGAAAUAUUUAUGAGUAUUCUGAUGUUUAUAUUUGGCUUUCCUGUUAAUGUUACAGCAAACAAUUUCCCACCUCUGUUUGAGGCAGCACUAUUUUUUGGAGUGGAUAUGCUUCUUUCAAACUGUAAGGCUUGGUUAAUUGAUGCAACUUCUUCAAAGGGUCUUUGCUCACUGAAAAUACAGGUGGAUGAUGUAAUCCAUAUAUGGAAGUUUGGUAUAGAGCAUGUGCAUGAUUUCAUUCCAGAACGCUGUACAAGCUAUCUUGCAAGGAACUUUAUGUGGGCAAUGUACUGUGAAGAUUUUCCUUGUUUGCCCUUCAAUUUAUUGGUUUCUUGUGUAAAGCAUGUUGAUUUGACUGUAGACAGUGAGAGGCAUCUUGCUGAUGCUUUAAUAGUUUGGCUAACUGCUAACGCAGAACAAUUUGAAAGCUUGACUGGCACCAGAAAUGACUGCAGUGGCAUUCUGAAAGAGAUCCGUUUUGGCCUCUUGCCAUUGUGGUUUGUUGCAGGAAAAAGAAGAUGCCGUUGCUUUUAUAAAUUUGCUAAGGAGAGCAUUGAGGCUAUCCAUAAUCUAAUGGCACAUCAGUCUAAAAGCACGAGGAAUGCCUCAAGGGAUGAUGAGUCAUGCCAGCUGAAGAUAAGAUUGACAAAGUAUACUAAGAAAGUGGACCUUUCAGGUUGCCCCCAUAUGAAUACAACAAUUCUGCUCAUUUCAAUGCUUCCCGGUUCAUAUAAUACCCACAUCAUGUUAUCCAAGUAUAUUGAAGAGCGUUCAAACAGCCUUGAACAUCUUGCUAGGUAUCACUACAGAAUUGAAUGGGCUCCAUUGCCAACCUUGUCAUUUGAUGCAGUAGAGGAAGUGGAUAUUUCCAACUGCCGAAGCAUGCACCUUGAGGCUGCCGUUGAAUGCUUGUCCAAGUCAUUUCCAUCCUUGAGAGUGCUGACGGCGGCUCACUUUUUGAACUUCAAGACGAAAAAUUUUUGUCAACUAGUGCUAAACUGCCCCCUCCUUGAGGAAGUUGAUUUAACAGUGGAUGUCAGUCCAAUUAUACCAACACAAGUCUCAAUUCUAUCUUCAAGUUCGGCAAUGCCUUCACAUGUUUCAGCAUUUGUUGAAAUGGAUAGUCUUCCUCUGAGUGCUUCAAGGGUAUAUAUGUCCAGGCCAAUGCCAUCAAAUAUUACAAAACUCACAUUGGAAGGCCGAGUUGAUGUGAAUGAUUAUGAUCUUAAAAAUAUCUCGGAAUUCUGCUCUUCUUUACAUUUCCUCAAUGUUCGAGGGUGUACUUCAAUUACAGAUGCUGGCAUCUCAGGUCUCAUACUCAGAUGUGUAAAGCUAGAUUCGCUGCUUGUCUGCGAUACUUCUUUUGGACAUGAUUCUGUUUUGGCUCUUCUAUCUGCCAUUCCUGAUUUAAAUCUUUUUCCUGAUUGGCAAAUCGAAAGCAACAGUACCAUGUCACUGGCUUUCAACUUUCAAGUACUGCAUAUGGGUGGCUGCAAAUGUCCUGAUGAAGCAUUGCUGUUAGAGCUAAUGUCUCAAACACCGAAGCUGAAGAGUCUUUGCUUGAGGGAGACUGAAAUUGGUGAUAGAACUCUUCAUAGCUUUUACGGUUCUUCCUUGGAAAUGCUUGAUGUUUCUAAUACUGAGGUUUCUGGUGCUGCUUUAGCUCACAUCAUCACUAGAAAUCCUGGACUGAAAUGUUUGAAAGCAAAGAGCUGCAGGAAUCUAUUUCACCAGAAAAGUAUGAUUGAAGGGGAGGAUUUUCUUUCUCCCGUAUCUUUGAGCAAAGAAUGGUAUAUGGAGCUGGGAAAAACUUGCAAAUUUGAAGAAAUUGAACUUGGAUGGGGAUUUUCUUUAUUUUCUCUAGAAGCUCUGAAACCUGCAAUUACACCACUAAGAGCGAUAACUGUGGGUUUAGGUGCAUCACUAGGUCAAAAGGCACUGGAACUCCUACCUGUUACUUGCCCUUUGCUAGAGUCAGUGGUCCUUUAUUUUCAGGUAAUCACAGAUCAUAUCUUAAUGAACCUUGUGGAAUCCUUGAGGCACUUGAAACUGUUGGCUCUCUGCCACUGUCUUGGUGAGAUAUCUUCUGGAAGCUUUAAGUUCAGUAUGCCGAAUUUGAGGAAAUUAAGGCUUGAAAGGGUAACUCCGUGGAUGACCAAUGAUGAUUUGGUUAUUCUGACUCAGAGUUGCGCAAAUCUGAUUGAGCUUUCGUUGCUAGGAUGCAGACUUCUCAAUUCUGAUUCACAACAGAUCAUUUCCAGUGGUUGGCCAGGCUUGAUUUCUGUUCAUCUAGAGGACUGCGGAGAAGUCACGAGAUAUGGGGUUGCUUCUCUUUUUGAGUGCAAAGCUGUUGAAGAUAUAUUGCUGCGACAUAAUGGCCCUGGGAUCCAGAGAAAUUUCAUUCUUGAUGCCGCUUCCAAGAUGCCAAUGCUUCGUAAAUUAUCUCUUGACACGUGCGAUGCAAGUGAAUGUGACUUUGACCUUCCAGAUUUUGCUAGCAGGUACUCACUGAGUAUGGUUAAAAUUGCAAGGUGCAAACGUCCAAGAUGUGCUUUCGACCUCAGAAAGUCAUGCAGAGCUCCAGUGCACAGGGAGACCUUAGUAUUGGUUUGGAACAGCAAGAAUCUCACAAGAACUAUAAUCAAGGAAAGGUUGUAAUUGUGGCUCUUGGAGAAAGGUGGAGUCUUGGAUUUGGUAGAUCUUGAGAGACUUUGUGUGGCUCACACAAUCAUAAUGCAGGUAACUCGGAUGCAAGAAACCAUAGCCCUCUUGCUGAGAAUGUCAAAUUGAAUGAACAGGAUUGAAGCCACGCUGCUAUUGCUUCUUGAAAUGUACGUCGUGUUCAUAUAUGAGAAGGGAGGAAAAGGAACCAAAAAAGAAAAAGAAAAAAAGAACACCUGAGGAAAGAUAAUUUGCACUUCAUUGCCUUUGACUUGUUUGGCAGAUUACAAGAUUAAGGCUUGUGAUUGUUAGUUGUUUUUGUGAGUUACUCAAAUUACUGUGCUUUUAAUCUU